AUGAAAAUGUAUAACGCCCUCUCCCAGUCCGACGACCACGACGACGACGAAGUGGCCUCCGAUGCCUCAGCCUCGGAUAGAUCAGAGUCCCCUCUUCCGCCGUCGAACAACCUGCCAUUCCAGAAAAUCUCUCUGGAUGUCCACAACCUGGGCGGAGGAGCGUUUAUGAGUCCCGCAAACAUGGGUGAUGAGGCCAGCCCAACCUCACUAAGCUCGGUGAUCAAAUCCUUAGCAGCCACUUCGGCCAGCUAUGACAUGUUAGAAGAAGAUGACUACACAGCCGCUGCAGAUCUCGAGAAUUCCCCCGCCCAUAUUGAUUCUCUUCCUUCCUCCUCGCAAAGCCAUCUCAAGAGCAAUAACAACACGAAUGGUAUCUCCUCCAAUCGCUCCAGUAAAAAUACCGCCAGUCCUGUGUCUCCAGAUGAGCCUAUAAUCCAGUCAUCCGUAUCAGGGCGUCCUGUUCCCCUGCGCCAUCCAACUCCAGACCUGCAAUCACUACAGGGCGCCUACGUGGGAAACGUUGAGCGGCUGGAGAGGUCUGCAGAGACACUGAGCAGUACCUCGGACAUCAGGGGGGAAUUGCGGAAAUUGAACCUAGAACAGAAAAGGCGGUCUGUGAGCUCUCCCGGUUGCAGUGCCGUGAACCCGCGUGGCCCAGCCUCUCCUGUCCGGAAUUAUUCUACACCGUCCCUGUCAAACUCAAUAAUCAGUGUAAAUAAUACCGCAAGAUCUAACGGAUACUCACCGGAAGCGUACGUCACGUCUCCAAGGGGUUCUAUCAUGUCGGGCUCUUCCUCACAGAGCAUUGCGGGCUCCGCAUCGCGCGUUCGAUCGGCCUCAGGUGCUUCUCGGCUAGCCCAGGUCCCCGAACCCGUAAUCGAGGACCAGCCUGCGCAAUUUCAGCAGAUUCCGGCGAAGGCCCCUCUCCUGCCUCCUCCCGAUAUCCCUCAGCGUAGUUUCUUCGAUGAGCAACACCCGCAACUUCCUCUCUCCGACCCAAAUUCGACAGCCUACGAUGAUAUUCCAGAAGAGUGCCCAGACUCUGCUGAUUCAACGGAUACCUACAAGGAAUCCAUGGCGUUAUUUAAAGACUUUGAUGGCGUGCAUUUCACGCCGCACCCAAGGGAACGGCCCCCGCACCAGCGGGUAUCGUCGACCAAACUACCUCUUACCAAAGAGUCGCAUCCGUUAAAUGUCCCCCCUCCAGGCCAGAAAAUGGUAUACUACCCUGCGCCCGUUCCAAUGGUACUUAACCUACCGCAACGACUAUCGAAAAAGCCCAAUCCGCAGUACGAAAAACACCGUUCCCAGAUCAUCAAUUCCCUCUCAGCAGACGCACGGAAAGUAGCUGCUUGGUUACCACCUCCAGACGAUAAUGACAAGGAAGUGAAAGGGGAUGCACGACAGGCUAAGAGAUUAUCGGAAUUACCCCCUCAAUUACGCGCGAGCGCUUUCUUUGAACAACCUCCUGCCCAGUUAGAUAUUCAAAUCAAGCAGAAUUCGGCGGUUGCUACACUUGAUAGCAUUCUGGAUGCCGCUGCAAAAGCACCGGUUAGCGCAUUUACAGAUCACCCAAUUGUAGGACAUGUUGGUGCGGAGGUCUAUGGGAAACCGAGCGGGAAGCGGAGAUUAAAGAAAGUUUCUAAGCCUAAGGCGGAGAAGAAGGGCAAGCAUGUUUCUCGCAAGUCUCUAAGCGCCCGAGACAGCGUGGUUGCGCUUCAAAACGAAGGAGGUCUUGGACAGCAAGAAAGAAGUAUUGAGACUGAGGGUCAUGCUGCUGAGGGCAGCGACGAGGUGACACCGUUUCGAGAAUCGUAUGAUGGGGAUGCAGCGGGUAGGGAACAGUUGGCUAGUAAUCUUCAUAACGAUGCCGAUCGGAGAGAUGACGAAGAUGACGAUGAGUGGAAUGAAGGCCGUAAUGAGGAAGACGAGUGUUUAAGGGAAGGUGAAAAAGAAGGCGAGGAUGAGGACGAGGAUUCCGAUGACGAGACAGACCUUGAGGAAACCUACGUCGGAGCCCCAACAACCCUCCUCGCCGAGCUCCAAAUGCGCAAACAAGAACAAAAACAGCGACGCCGCACCGCAGCCACCGCCUUCCCCAACGGCAUGCACUCGACUCUACUCGAACUCGACGCCGUCGCGCAGCACCAGCGCAUGACGCGUAAUCAGCGGCAUAUUACGCUCGCCUGGGAAGAUCCGGGGAUUGCAGAGCGUAACAAACCGGAAGACGAGAAUGUCCCGCUCGCUGUGCUUUAUCCAAAGAAUCUGCUGAACGAUGAGAAUAGGCCUAUGGGUCUUAUGGAGAAGUUGGAGUUGGAGGAGAAUGAGCCGCUUAGUCGGAGGAGGGCGAGGAUUCGUGGUGAGCCUCUUUGUGGUGGAGGUGGGCGGAAUGGUUUCCGUGACAGCGAGAUACUUGAAGGUGAUGGUAAUGGCCCUGGCAAUGCGGGCCCUGAUGGUGAUGAUGAAGGGGAAGAAGGCGAGACGCUGGCACAGCUCGCACGCCGUUUGAAGGCUGAAGAAAUUGAUGCAAAGUUAACGAGGGACUUUACGGAUGAGUUGCUUAGUCAGUUUGGGGUGAAGUCGACUGAUGGGGCUGAGGGGGAGCAGGGGAAGGAGGGAGAAGAGCAAUCGUCUUCGCGUGGGGAGGAGAAGGAGAAGAAGAAGGAGAAGGAGACGGAGACGGAGACGGUUGAGCCGGCGGAGGAGACGUUGGGACAACGACGACAGCGUCUGCAAGCUGAGAAAGAAAAGACGUUGGCGAACGGGGGAGCGGUGGCGGAAAAUACACUCUCUGCCCCGCUUAAGCAGCGACAUUCCCUUGCGAGUGUCCUGCAAGCCCACCCAUCUGGAAAUGCGGGGAGUAAUCCGUAUCUCUCUGGUGGGGAUGGGAGAGGGACUUGGAAUGCGAAUAGGGGUGGACUGCGGAAUCCCUACCAGCAACAGGUACAAGCACAGGCACAAGCGCACCCACAACUCGCCAAUCACAUGGCGAUGAAUUUGAUGCAGCAGCAGUAUCACCAGCAGGGGUAUGGAUAUGGAGCGGCGGGGAACGGUACCAAGUACGCCAUGAAUCCGUCGUCUCAUGUCAAUGCGGGUACGAGUGGUUAUCGACAGUCCGGACAGUUUGUACAGGGCCAGUAUCCUCACGCCGGAUCUAUGAAUAAUCUUGGGAUGUAUGGGAAUGGAUAUGGGGACGCGCAUAUUGCUGGUGUGCAGCGGAGUGCUAUUAUAGAUCCCGGGCAGGCGGCUUUGAUUGAUCGGUGGAGACAGAGUGUACGGAAUUAA